ACUUUUUCUCUCUCCCUCUCUCUCUCUCUCAAGCGGGAGCAGCACAAAUCCAUUCUCUCUCUAAUAUCUCAAGUAUGAUGUGAUUGAUUGCGCCCUCAAAUGGCGCAGUUUGUCACUGAGUCAUUAAUACAAGCAUGUUGCAGGCUGAAAUGCAUUCCUCGAAAUGGUCUCAAUGAGAGUCGUCUAGCGAGUGCCAUAUCAUUGGAAGUCGCCAGUGGAUAUCAGAACACAUUUGGUAGGACAAUGAGGUUUAGCAGUUUUCUCCAUUCAAAGCUUUCGAAAUGGUAUUCUCGAUCAGAUCACUUGUCUGCUCAAAAGCUGUUGGAAGAAGUGAAUGGGUAUGGCACAGCAAGCAUGUCAGAGAGGUCAAAAUUUCUUAAUAAGGUAUCAGUUCUAAUGGGCUACAGUAACAUACAAGAUCUAAUCGAGCAAGAGAGAAUUCGAAAAGAAACCGAGUCAGAUUUAAUAGCAAAUGAUGAAUUUGAUUUCUCGUUAAAUUUCGCAAAUUUCCCGUGUAUCAAGCUGGGCGAUUCAUCUUUCAUAGAGCUGUAUGAUGAGUUCCCAACCACCGAACACGGUGAAAAGCUUUCGCUCCCUAAUUCCGGCAAACUUGUUGAAGCAUGGAAUUGGUUGCGGACAUCAUUCACAAGUAUAAACACUCUCUCGUCGAGCGAAGAAGUUUCUUCAAUUAACCCAUACCACUCUCAAGAAGCAUUGGUUACUAAAGAGAUAGUUAGUCAUAAGCCAUCGUCUGAAGUUAGCGGAUCAGAUGCGCCGAUUUUGGACAAGAAUAUCCGAUGUUUACCUGGCACAACUAGCAGGCAGUGUCGCCAGCUUGAAGAAAGCGGUUUCCACACGGUGCGAAAAUUGCUGCACCAUUUUCCUCGAACCUAUGCUGAUCUGCAAAAUGCUCAAGGUCCAAUAGAUGAUGGGCACUAUUUGAUGUUUGUUGGAACUAUUUUAUCUUCCAAGGGAAUCAAGGCUAGCUCUUCUUUUGCGUUCCUUGAGGUAGUUGUGGCGUGUGAGCUUCUCAAUUGUGAAUCAACUUCUGAAGUUACGGGUGAUAACUGUGAUGCCGAAGAAAAGAAGAUGGUUUAUUUGCAUCUAAAGAAGUUCUUUCGUGGUUCUCGCUUUACAUAUCAGCCUUUCCUUAGAAGUAUAGAGUCAAAGUAUAAGGAGGGAGAUCAUGUAUAUGUUAGUGGCAAGGUUAAGAAAAUGCGUAGCAAAGGCCAUUAUGAAAUGAGAGAGUAUAGUAUCGACAUGCUAGAAGAGGAGGAAGAGCACCAUGCACAACUAGAGAGAAGGCCCUAUCCUCUAUACCCGUCCAAAGCAGGACUAAAACAAAGCUUCCUUGGGGAUGUCAUAUCUAGAGCCUUGAAGAUUUUGAAUUCCGACAUAGAUCCUAUACCUUCUGAGAUUCUUGCGGAGUUCAAUUUGCUAAACCUUUUUGAUGCAUACACGGGAAUUCAUCGACCGAAUAAUUUAGCAGAAGCUGAUUUGGCUCGCAGAAGACUGAUAUUUGACGAUUUCUUUUACCUUCAGUUGGGAAGGCUAUAUCAAAUGCUCGAAGCACUUGGGACACGGAUCGAAAAGGAAGAAUUGUUGGGCAAGUACAAACUCCACGAACUAAAUGCUGCGUGUGUCGAGGAUUGGUCCCCCCUCACCCAAAGGCUGUUGAAGGCGCUUCCAUAUUCUCUGACUCCUAGUCAGUUGAAUGCGGUUUCGGAGAUUAUUUGGGAUCUCAAGAGGCCAGUUCCUAUGAACAGACUUUUGCAGGGUGAUGUUGGCUGUGGGAAAACUGUCGUUGCUUUCUUGGCUUGUAUGGAAGUUAUUGGCUCAGGAUUUCAGGCUGCUUUCAUGGUUCCAACCGAACUACUCGCCAUCCAACAUUACGAGCAUUUAAAUUCUUUGUUGGAGGGUAUGGAGGGGGGCGAAGGUAAACCUAACGUUGCCUUGUUAACUGGCUCCACCUCUUCAAGGGAGUCGAGGAUAAUUCUCAAGGGCCUUCAGUUAGGAGAUCUAGACAUGGUCGUGGGAACUCACAGCCUAAUAUCCGAGAAAAUCGAAUACUCAGCUUUACGUAUUGCUGUUAUCGAUGAACAGCACCGCUUCGGAGUGAUUCAGAGAGGAAGGUUCAACAGUAAGCUAUAUUCUUCUCCGUCAUGCUGGAAAAAUGAUUGUACAAAUCUAGAAGAGAUUUCUAAAGAAAAGGCGCACAUGGCACCUCAUAUUCUCGCUAUCUCAGCUACUCCGAUUCCGAGGACGUUAGCUUUGGCUUUAUAUGGCGAUAUGUCUCUUACUCAGAUUACGGAUUUGCCUCCAGGAAGGAAGCCUAUAGAGACUUCAGCUCUUGAAGGAAAUGAAAUUGGUUUCGAGAAAGUCUACCAGAUGAUGAGAGAAGAGUUAAUAUCCGGCGGAAAAGUCUAUCUUGUGUACCCAAUCAUACAAGAAUCCGAGCAGCUGCCCCAGCUCCGUGCCGCUACCGCCGAUUUCUCCAGCAUAUCGGGAAAGUUCGAAGAUUACAAAUGCGGGCUACUCCACGGGCGAAUGUCCGGCGAGGAGAAAGAGAACGCGCUGAGGGACUUCAAAUCGGGCGGAACCCGCAUCCUCCUCGCGACCCAAGUCAUCGAGAUCGGCGUCGACAUCCCCGACGCGUCGAUGAUGGUCGUGGUGAAUGCCGAGAGGUUCGGAAUCGCGCAGCUGCACCAGCUUAGGGGGAGAGUGGGGCGAGGGGAGCGGAAGUCACGGUGCGUGUUCUUGUCGUCCAUGUCGGGGUCGGUGGCGCGGUUGAAGGUGCUGGAGAAGUCGUGCGACGGGUUUUAUUUGGCGAAUGCGGAUCUUCUUCUUCGCGGGCCCGGGAACCUGCUAGGCAAGAAGCAGUCUGGGCAUUUGCCGGAGUUUCCGAUUGCUCGGCUCGAGAUUGAUGGGAAUAUUCUUCAAGAAGCUCAACUUGCUGCACUGGAAGUUUUGGCGAGGAGCCACGAUCUCGAGCUCUAUCCGAAGCUAAAAGCCGAGCUGAGCAUGCGACAACCUUUGUGUAUAUUAGGAGACUGAAUUUUGUAGCAAAUGAAGAACCAAAAUUGUUAUAGUAUGUGAGAGUAAAACAAUGCUACUGGGGUGGUUUUUUUUCUCCUCUUUUUUUUUUUUUUUUCUAAUUUUCUGAAGCUGGGGAUUAGGUUUUAAUUUUGGAAAUUUUGGAGGGGUUCUCAUUAAGAUUUGGUCCCAGUGUUGUAACAAAUGGAAGUGCACUGCAACUGGAGAAGUGCUCAUUUUGUAAGCACUUUAUGAUUAAGGUGCUUUUGUACAAAGGAAAAAAAAAAAAAGAAAAAAGAAAAAAGAAAAAGGAAAAUGUUUAAUAGCUUUUUGGUA